AUGAGUGAGAAGCCGAAACCUACAUUAUUAAAGUAUGAUGUUCCAGUUCUGGAUGGUGGUGAGGAUUGGAGAGCCAGAGCUGCCAAUGUUGGCGCAAAAAUACCAGGUGAAACACAAGAAUUAACAAGAGAUGUGUUAAAUAAAAUAUUACCUCCUAGAGAAUUCAAAAGUAAUGGCCAAGAUUUAAUUCAAUAUGUUAGUACUACACCUUCUACACGCAGCGAUGUUAUUAAAUUACAACAGCAAUUAGACGCUGAAUUGCAAAAGCAGAAAGCACGUGAAACAGGUAUAUGUCCAAUCAGAUCAGAGCUUUACAGACAAUGCUUUGAUGAAAUUAUUAGAGAAGUUACAAUUGAUUGCAGUGCAAGAGGUUUAUUAUUAGUUAAGGUUCGAGAUGAAAUGAGAACAACAAUUAGCGCAUAUCAAGCAUUAUACGAAUCUGCUAUUACUUGGGGAAUGAGAAAAUCAAUGGAAAUAGAACAGAACAAAGAUGACGUUCUAACCCAAAAUGCAAGACUAAAGGAUGAAAUUGCAGCAUUACAACAGAAAAAUAAAGAGUUAGAAAACAAAAUAGCAAAUAUUGAGAAACAAGAUGAAGAAUACAGAAAAGAAAAAGAAAAAGCACAUGCUGAUGAAACGGCCCUUCUUAAGAGACAAACUGCACAGCUUAAAUCUCAUAUAGAGCAAAUGUUAACAUCAAAGUAA